GAGCCGCCGGCAGUGAGCAGCAUUACAGCUCUGGAAUCCAGGGUUUGGAAUUACAGUGUUUGGGGUGGAAGAUCUGACCCCGGAGAAGAAGCCGAUCUCCAGCCUGUGAACAGGAUCUGUGCCUAACUUAUACAUCUGGCGUAGGACUGUGGGAACCCCAGCAGGAUCUACUAGAUGCCCAGCUUUCCUAAUCAUUCCCAGGGAAACAGAUGGAUUCUCCAAUGAAGAAGGACAAGUAUUGACUGCACGCUUUGUAAAUAUUACCCAGAGCUUCAUCAGGAUUAAAUUGCAUUUCUGGAUCACUCGGAGGAUUUUCUGUUGAAUACAUUAAUCUUUCCGAACACAGUUUAACCUUUGAUGAUUUCCCUGUGGAAAGUGUCAACAUGGCAUCUAGUCUGACAUGUACAGGGGUGGUCUGGGCUCUUCUGUCUUUUCUGUGCGCGGUGGUAUCCUGUGUUGGGUUCUUUAUGCCUUACUGGUUGCUGGGAUCCCAGUUGGAUAAACCUGUAUCGUUUGGCACCUUCCGUCGGUGUUCCUACCCGGUGAGAGAUGAAAAUCUUCAGACGGUAAUGGUAGAACAGUGUGGUCGCUAUGCCUCCUUCCAAGCCAUUCCAAGUCUUGAGUGGCGCAUAUGCACAGUGGUUACUGGUCUUGGAUGUGGUCUUCUGUUGCUGGUGGCCCUAACCGCUAUCAUGGGAUGUUGUGUGUCUGAGCUUAUUUCUCGGACUGUUGGAAGAGUUGCUGGCGGAAUCCAGUUUCUUGGAGGGCUGCUGAUUGGAUCCGGCUGUGCGUUGUACCCCUUGGGUUGGGGCAGUGAAGAAAUUCGGCAGGCGUGUGGAAACCUCUCAGAUCAAUUUGAGUUGGGUCAGUGCAGAAUCGGAUGGGCAUACUACUGCACCGGAGGUGGAGCCGCAGCUGCAAUGCUUAUCUGUACCUGGUUAUCAUGUUUCUCCGGAAAGAAGCAAAAGCAAUACCCAUACUAACCGUUACAUAGGCCGUAUGAGCUCAGCUUGCAGAGAAAGAGUACAGAUAUGGACAGUUGACACCAUGUAGGAUGAUGGACUUGAUAUAUUAUGUAAAGGAACACGUGUCCUCAAAAAUGUGGAUUCUCCAGAAGGUUUAACUUGCUCUUGGGAAACCAGAAAUAAUCCAUGAAGGGACUAAUGCAGGAUGUGGACUAUUCCCAAGCCUUCUUGCUGUUGCAAUACUGCAACGCAUACCACCUUCCGCCAGCUGCUCGCUGGAAGGUGGUGGAAGUUGUAGUUCACCAACAGUCAAAAAAGGGUCCUUGACCGUGGAAUUCUGUUCAGUUAAAGCACACACACAAAGAAGCACCAAUGCAGGUUCCUUGUACAGCAUUUGUGUAUAGUCCUUUUAAAGCCACUUGCUAUUACAGCACUGACCCUUUUAGUAACACAGGGGACAACAGACAGUAUUAUUUUCCCAGCUGUUUCAUAGAAACAUGUAAAUCUUUAGUUGGACCAAUAUUCACCACUUAUUCUCGUCCCCAUUUUUAUGUAUACACCCACACACAAUCGUAGAGAUAUAUAUUUGAUUAUCUUUAAAUAAGCUCAUGCAAUAUGUAAAAUAGGUAAUGUUUUAUAUGCUCACAAAAUGCAAUAACCUGUAAUCUCAUCAGUGUAACCUUAAUAUAUGAGUAUAAAGAAUUCAGUUACUCUCAUAAAACACGCAUAUAAUCCAUUGAGGCAUACAAAAUCAUAAUUUGUUGUUUAGCUGUCAUAUGUUUAUGCUAUACUGUGACCAUUAUCAUUUUGUAAAAUGAUACAUGUACUAUUUUACCUUUAUAUUUAAAAAAUAAAACUUGUAAAUAAA